UAGUUAGAUUCAGUUUCAAUUGGCAAAAUUGCAGUUUAGUCGAUUCGCAUUUGAGUUGGCCAGGCCAUAUAAAAGACGUUAGCGUUUGAAAAUGAGUUUUUAUUUCUGCGCAUAACGCGGAACGGAAUAUUUCGCCAUCGCUUGGCCAGUGUAAACAAGACGCGCAUGCGCCACUACAUGAAAAGUUGAAAAUUGCAUUUGGAAGAUAAAAGAAGUGACGAAGUAAAAAUAAAAAUUUCUGGAUUUUCCUCAACGGCAGUGGAUUGUGUUGGUGUUCAUUCAUUUGAUUACAUAAGAAUUGCAAAUUAAAAAGAAAAUUUUAAAGAAAUUCAAAAAAUAUUUAAAAGUGUUACAAAUAAUCGAAAAAAAAAAAUGGAAAUCAAUUCAAAUAUUCAAAGCUUCUUUCGCAAUAAAGUGGUCUUCAUUACUGGCGGCACCGGAUUUCUGGGAAAAGUAUUCAUCGAGAAGCUCUUGCGUUCAACUGAAGUCCAGAGCAUUUACGUUUUGGCCCGUCCCAAAUCUGGCAAAGAUGCCAGUGAAAGAUUUGCCCAGAUUUUCAAAGAGCCUGUUUUCGAGAAAUUACAUGCUGCCCGUCCAAAUUCACUGAAAUACAUUAAGACCAUUGCCGGAGACUGUACCCUACCCAAUUUGGGUAUAUCCCACGAAGAUCGUCAGGAGUUGAUCGAAAAUGUUGAUGUUGUGAUACACAGUGCCGCCACUGUUCGUUUCAAUGAACCCUUGAGCAAUGCCACCCAAAUCAAUGUUGAGGCAACAAUUGAUUUGCUCAAAUUGGCUAAGGAGAUGAAGCACUUGAAGGCCUUUGUACACGUCUCCUCGGCCUUUGCCAAUUGUUUGGCCUUACAUGGCGAAGAACGUUUCUACACGGAAUAUUUGGGUAUCAGUAGCGAAGAUUUGUUGAGCAUUAAGAAAAUUUUGGGUAAUGAGAAAUUCGAUCGAAUGGAGGUGGAUUUGGUGGGAAAGUAUCCGAAUACCUAUUGCUAUACAAAAUCACUGGCAGAGGAGGCGGUGCUGCGGUAUUGUGGAAAUUUACCGGUUUGCAUAUUUCGACCGGGAAUAAUUCUGCCCACCAGCGCCGAACCUGUCCCCGGCUGGAUUGACAACUUGUAUGGACCCAUGAGUGUUUUAUAUGGAGCUGCCUAUGGUGUUCUGCGUGUGAUGUAUGGCAAUCCGAAUCAUAAAGCUGGUCUGGUGCCGGUGGAUUUUUGUGCCAACAUGAUGUUGGCCUGUGCCUGGUAUACCGGAACGGCGGUUAAACAAAUACCUUCCAGUGAUCCCACAAUUUACAAUUUAGUACCGGAUCAAUCGAACACAUUGCACUGGGGUGCCUACAAGCGAUUCGUCGAAGAACAUGGCGUCGAAAUUCCCCUGGCCAGCAUGAUUUGGUAUCCAUUUCUAAUAUUUGCCCAAAAUAAGUAUUUCUAUAAUUUUCUGAUCCUGAUUUACCACACUUUGCCGGGAUUUUUUAUUGAUUUUAUGCUGCUGCUGAUGGGCAAGAAACCGAGAAUGACAAAGGCCUACAAGAAAAUUCACAAACAGUGCAAUUUGUUGCGUUACUUUUUACAGAACAACUUUACAUUUGACACCACAAACACACAGAAUUUAUGGAAAAUAAUGACCGUCGACGAUCGCAGAAUAUAUAAUUUCGAUAUGGUCGCCUUGGACUGGAGUAAAUAUUUCUAUAAUAGUCUGUUUGGUUUGCGACGUUUUCUGGCCAAAGAAGACCCGUCGACAAUACCGCAGGCCAAGAAAUUACUGAGAAAAUUUCAAAUUCUACACUGUGCCGUCCACCUUGUUGCCUUUGUCGGCAUUGCUUGGUUGCUGUGGUCGUUGUUGAAAUUUAUUUUUCUAUCAUAGUUUUAAGGCGUGACGAUCCCCCUAUGUUAAGUAUGUUUUAUUUUGAAAAUAUAGUUAAGGCGUUUUUUAUUAACAUCUUUAAGAAUUUAUAACAAUAAACAAUGUGUUUUUGGUUUUUAA